GGGUGAAUUCUGGCCAUCGGCGUGUAGACGGCAAUUAAUCGAUUUUGGUCCCUUUGCGGUGCGCUUGACGCACAGAUCAUUACUCACUUGAACCCUCCUACCAAACGUGGCAAAGUAGAACCAACUCACGGCCCGCAGUUUGGUCGAUGCUUCAAAUUAACGAGGAACAACAGAGAUGCCUGAAAAGCGAUAAUACUUGCCAUCACGAAGCAAAGCUUGCCGUUCCAGAGUGACCUGUCUACCAAUCCUUCACUUCUUGCGAGUCCUGUACUGGUAUCGCGGCCUUGGAACAUUGUUGUUGCAGAUACCGAGGAGAGGCGAGGUUCUUACUCUUGUGAAAACGUCUAUGUCUUGCGUGUAACGACAAUUAUCCUCGAUCCAGUGCUGCACCGCAUGGGGGAAAUAGCGAGAAUGUGGACGUGGCCAACGACGCCCUUCGACCACUUAUCCGCAAGUCCCGCCAACGACAAGACCCAUGAAAGCGAACCCUCCUCAUCAGAGGUAUCAUCGCCUGGUGCAUCAGCCGCCGCAUCUCAGAAAUUCUCUGAGACAAAACCAGCUUUCCAUCACAAGCAGGAAUCGAGCCAGAUUGAGCUGUUCUACGACCUGUUCUUCGUCGCAAACCUCGCCACUGUUACCAUCAACAAUGAAAUCGUCGAUGUCGCCACGUUCAAAGCGAUCCUGGGCUUCUUCAGCUUGUUGUGGUUCACCUGGUUGCAGACCAUCCUGUACGAUGUCCGGUUCAGCUCAGAUUCAAUCUUCCAUCAAGGACACAAGGCAAUAUCGUGUGGGAUAAUGUUAGCUUUCGUGAGCUGCGCGGCAAUUUAUGACACAUCGAACAUUGAUUUGACCCAUGCUGGCCUGAAGUACAUGUCCUUCGUGCUUAUGACUUCUCGCUUGGCACUGUUUCUUCAAUACGGUAUCGUGUUUGGCCAGAGUCGUGGAUAUCAACAGACUGUUGUCCCAUUUCUUCUCACCAUGGGAACCUACCUUAUCACCGCAGCUGGCUUUUUGGGUGUUGCCCUUGGAGUAGAGCACUAUCCACGUUGCUAUCUUGCCUGGUACGCGAUUUGUGCCUUUGAGGCAGUGUUCGUCAUCGCCAUAUCUUGUCGUUGGAGAGUCGUCAGCUUCAAGCGCACGCAUCUUGUCGAGAGACUUGGUGAUUUGACCCUGAUUGUCAUCGGCGAGGGCAUUCUGAGCAUGUCAAGGAGGACAUACAUUUUGUUCGGAGCUGUAGACUCCCCAAGGGCAGCCACAUACGGACAGAUAAUCUGCACUGUAUUUGUCGCGUACAUGGUAUACCUCCUAUACUUUACUCACAUUGAGCACGACAAAUUCGGCACCAUUCGUCAACAAAUCUGGACGAUCUUGCACUACCCCCUCCAUUUGGCCAUCCUUCUCACCACGGACGGAGCGUCCUUCCUCAUGUUAUCUCGGUCUAUGUACCGUAUGACCAGGACCUGGGUUGCGAGAUGGCCGCUUUAUAAGUAUCACAACUGGGGUGACUUCUUCGGCACCUUCUCAAGUCCUCAAGACGUUGUAUAUCUUCUCAAAGCAGACAUGGAUGUUCUGUGGGAAGUCAUGCUCAAGGACCCGAUACGUCUAUUGAGCCUGUACAACUAUACUCGGGCCAUCGAUAGCAUUGAGACAAUUGAGGCGCCAUUCAAUUCGACUAAGUGGCAGAAUCAGGCGGCGGCGACCAUCUCUGAGCUGUGGAAUGGCGUGGAACUUGCGAUAUUCCAUGAGUACGGCGUCGAACCGCAUAUCCCUAUUGGUCAGUCAUGGACGAUCAAGGAGCAAGCUGAGUCCAUUGAAGGUGUUUUGGGCUCCGUCUACCUGUACUUCUGCUUUGCGGCGGGCAGUCUGCUCCUCGUGCUAGCAGUCAUGGGCUUUUUCGCCAAGCGGGAGAUAUCAAGGUCGAUGUGGCUAUCCAUUGGCAUCAAAGUUCUGAUGGGAACUGUGGUCAUGCUGCCUGUCAUAGCUUCUUGGUCAAUGGAUAUUGACGGCAUUGCUUCUUUUGCUCCAUGGAGUGUUGCCAUUGUGACACUGGGAUAUUUCGCUGUGGUUGUAUCAGACCAUCUGAUCGCCUGCCGCCCAGAUGACAACACGCACGAAUGCGGCAUUUGAGUUCAAGAACGAGUUAUCUUCGACUGAAGCUACGCUUCCUCCACUGAAUGCGUCACUCGUGAUGAACAAUCAGCCGUUUCGCUUUGGGAAUGAAAUAUAGGAAUGAAGCAUGAAUCCGUUCUCUAAUCUGCACACAGUGAGAAGAGAAUAUCAUUGCAUGGACCGUCAAAUCAAUUGACAUGAAGCAAAAC